AUGUCGUGGGCCGUCCAACUGCCAUGCUCUAUAAUAAGCCAGUCGACGGUAGUCCCAGCGUUGAAGGCGAAACCCCAGAACACAGAACCCUAUCCCCUUUCCCCAUGCUACAUGGCCAAGUUUCACAAGCGGGUCGAUUUGCGCAAUUGCCAGCACUUCAUGCGCUCCAAGGCCUCACACCGCAUCGAUGUCAAGGCCUUACUCACGAAAGGCCGGAAGAUGCUUUCACUAUACAACGACGUCGACUACUUCGACAAGGACCCCAAUGGUCAACUUGUUAUUCAAUAA